GUUGGAUGUUCAACGGCGGCUGAUACCUCUCUAAGCUAAGCGCGGGUAUCGUUUUGGUCAUAGAUCUCUGUGAAGGGAAGACGUGACGUGGAAGGACGGAGCAGAGGAAGAAGAAGUAGAAGAGCAUGCCUCCAAAGAUCGUGUCGAAAGACAAUACGUAUGUUCCUCCACUGGAGCAGAUUCAUCAGAAGCCUUUUGCCAACCCAGCGAAGAGGAUACGGGUCUCCAGGGCGUGCGACACGUGUCGGAAAAGGAAGGUGAAGUGUGACGGCAAACACCCAUGCAUCCACUGCACGGUGUAUUCGUACGAGUGCACGUACAACCAGGUGAAGCCAUUGGUGCCGCCGCAGAAGAAGAAGCCCAAGACAGACGACAAGAAGAAAGAGGACAAGAGGUUCCAGCUCCGCCUAAUGAGGGAGAUGUUCCCGGAAGUUGGUAUAGAGGACUCGUCCCAGUGUGAGGCGUUUGCAAGGAUAUUUGCGAAGCACAGGACAGCUGGACAGGUGGACAUGAAGGCUGUUGUUGAUGAGUACAAUGGUCAGAUGCACAAGGAAACGCUGAACAGCUUGAACGCUGUGAACAAUGCUGCUACCGAUGCUGCUAAUCUGGGCGCCGGUGUGAGCGAAAGUUCUGGUGACAAGUCUGCAGAUUCCCACAAAUCUUCAGCUCCCCGGAAUGAUCAUCUUGAGAUAAAGAUAAUACUUCCUCCACGGGAAAUUGCACUGAAAUUGAUAUACAAGACAUGGAGUGAAAGCUGUGUCCUGUUCAGGUUUUAUCACAGACCUUCUUUCAUCAACGACUUCAACUCGUUAUACGAAACAGCACCAGCAGAGUACUCGCAUCAUCAGAACAAAAUGUUACCCUUGAUUUAUUCCGUUAUCAGUGUUGGUGCGCUCUUCUCCAAGGGAGACAAUGCCAUUGAUAACCAGUACUUGCAAGAUGAAGGUUAUAAGUACUUCAUCGCCGCAAGGAAACUCAUUGACAUUACAAACACUACUGACAUCGAAAGCGUUCAAACCAUCUUCAUGCUGACAUUGUUCCUGCAAUGUUCGGCACGUCUAACAACUUGCUACUCGUAUAUUGGCAUUGCUCUUCGCUCUGCACUGAGACAAGGCUUGCACAAACAAGUUGAAUCUACCUCACAACUGGAUAACAUAACACAAGAGUGCAGGAAAAGAUUGUUUUGGACAAUAUACAAAAUGGAGAUUUAUGUCAAUUCAGUAUUAGGAUUGCCGCAUUCCAUUGACGAGGACGACAUCACGGUAGAGUUCCCACUCGAUGUUGAUGAUGUCAACAUUGAAGUGGAUCACAUCGCACCACAACCAGAGGGAAAGUUGAGUUCAUGUGGUAUAAACAACUGCCAUACCAAACUUAUACUGAUUUUGAAUCACAUUGUGAAAAAAUUGUACAAGACUUCCAAACCGAUAUAUAUGAUCCCAAAAGAAGUAUUCCAAUCUUUGGAGAAUGAAUUGAGAUUGUGGAAGUACGAAUUGCCCUAUCAGUUGCAACCAGACUCUUUACAGAAUAUACCACCUGUGUACAUGCUUGCUAACAGAUUGCUCUACUUGGAUUACUUGCAUGUUCAACUUAUGCUCUAUAGGCCUUAUAUUCACUAUGUGAAGCUUGCAAAACAAAAUGGCGCAACGAGAGGUUCAUUCAAGAGCUUUGAGUACGAUAACGGUAUGCACUGUGUUGGUAUUGCAAAGAAGAUUAUCAUGCUAGCACAAACGAUGAUUCGUAAUAAGAUGCUCAAUGGGAGUUAUUGGUUCUCGAUCUACACAAUCUUUUUUUGUGUGGCGUGCUUGGUUUAUUACUUCUUGGAGAUUGAUAACCACGACGAAGAGAUCAAAGUGGCAAUUGAGAUUGGUAAGGAGAUGUUAAGUGUCUUAAAAGAAAGAUCUAUGAGUGCUGAGCGUAUCUUCAACCUUUUAAACCACAUGUUUGAAAACUAUGAGAGACACAACAUCAAAUUCCAGGAGCUACAACAGCAUAAUCGCGAGGCCACAACACCUAGACCAUCAAAAGGUUUGAGAAAGACUUCUAGUGGUACUCUGCUCAACAGGGUUGUGUCACCAAAUGCUAAUGCAAAUGCAACCACCGCAAAGGCUGACAAUACCAAUAGAGAGGAGCCGUUCUUUGAACUUGACGGCGAUUUCAACAUUGAUAUCUUUAGCAAAUUUCUUCCAGGUUAUCUAUUGGAAACACCUGGUAAGUUGGAUAAUUUGGAAAUGAUGGCACACUCGGGCAAUUAUGAGAACAGUCCAUUGGGGACCGUGAGUACAGCAUCUAAGAAUGACGAACGUGAGUUUGAUUGGGAAAGGUUUAUAGACAAAGAUGACGUAUUCGCUCUCGACGUCUGAAUUUUAAUGUGGAAAAGAGAGAGAUUGUCUUAUAAGGACAAACAGGAUAUUGUGUUGUAGUGUUCAUAAAAUCAUACAUUGGGGGCAGUUCACUGGUUGAACUUCUUCUUCAAUAGUUCCAAAAGCGAGUGGCCUUCAGG